AUGCCUCGCGCUUGGUUGUCGUUUUUCGUUUGGACGAUCUUGUGCAGUCAGAGUUACGGUUUGACUUUGAACGUACCUCGAGUUUGGUUACCGAUCUUGAACGCAUCCAGAGCGGCGUUUAAGUUUGAGACAACGGAUGGCACGUGUUCUCGAUGGUCAAUCGUCAAAGGCGCGGAAGCGAUCAGCCUAACACCGGUCGAGGCAGACCCUUUGCUGGGGUGUUCGGUGGCCGCCACAGUAACGACCUUGCCCGGCAACAGCAAGCGUACCAUUUCGGUCAUAAGUGUGACUGACGCCAAGACCACUGAGCAGGUCGUCUACUGCCAAGUGAUAGUCAACUCUAUAGCUUCGUUGGCAAUCGUCACCAGGACCAAAGAGCUCGUUGUGAACAAUCCGCCUGAGUUUUACGAACUGGCGGCAUUCGACGACCAAGGCAACACAUUCAGUACAAUGAAUGGUGUCGAGUGUCAGUGGUCGGUUCAAGGCAAUUCGCAUUCUGGCAUUCUGAGAUUAGUGACGUUUAAGGACUCGUCUUAUCUGGCAUCGCCUGAAAUUAGUAACUUGGAGCGAACAAAUCGUCAGGGCCACGUGGUAUUGGUCGAAGGUGUAAAGCCUGGUCGCAGCGAGUUGUGUGCGAGUCUAGUUUCUUCGGACAUGAAUGCUUGCGUUCAACUCGACAUUAUCGACCAUUUAGUACUGGAGCCCGAGUACGUUGUAAUAUUACCCGGAGAUCAGAUACACAUAAAAGUGUACAAGCUCGAAAAUAGAGGAUCGAAAAAAACCGAAAUAAACAAAAAAUUGUUUUCAAUUGAAAUUCUGACGUCGGCCGAAAACUCAAACGUAUUGAAGUCAUUAAAUAAACCCGGUGAUUUCCUUGGAGUCGACGAAGGCGAGGUGACGUUAAAACUAAAAGACAUCAAACAUGAUAGGAUCUACACGUCGGUAAGCAGUACUGUGGUUGUAAGCAGAGCGGACCACUUGUCGAUCAACUUGAAACCGGUCAACAAUCGUAAUCUAGUUGUGGACAACGAAUAUCAAAUGGAAGUCGUCAUGUACACAAGCGCCCACCGGUCGAUAAACAUAGGAUCCAAUGUCAAAAUGGAGUUCCAGAUGGAUAAAAAAUAUUUUUUCACAUUGAGCGAAGUAUCGAAUGGGACUUACAACGCUGUCAGGACCAAGCGAAACGGUACUUCCAUCAUAAAAGCGUAUUUGCUACAACCUCUUCUCAAUAAAGGCGGAUCAAAAUAUGACAGUAUCGAAGUGAAUAUACAUUCCAAAGUGGUAGUAACGCCCAAACACGUUGUCUUCCCGUUGCACAAGUACAAAAAUGACAGACUGCGAUUAGGUUUGAACGCUAUUGGCGGCGAUAACAACGGAUACCUUUGGAGUAGCGACAACGUACAGGUGUGUACAGUUUCGUCUAAUGGACAUGUCACACCGUUUAAGCCGGGUAAAACAAAAGCAAUUGUUGCCACGCGCUCAAAUCCUUUGAACCACGAUCACGCUGUCGUCCGCGUUAUUAUACCAGACCAAUUGAAAAUCGUCGUACAACCUAUCGAGCAGGAAAUUGGACGCUCUGUGACUGUAUAUUUACAACUGUCUACCGGAAAUGUAGAGGGCGAGAUGACAAGGGUGACCAUGUGUAACUGGGAUCAGUUUAAAAUUGCCAUCAGCCCUGGAGUAGAAUACACGCCACACGAAGGUCCUUUCGGUGUAAAUGACUCUUGCGCUGCUAUUUCUUUUGUGGUCAGCUCGUUCGGCUUGACAACGGUGACAGUGACGUUUGUAACUAAUAACUCAGUACUGCGAUCGUCUGCAGUUGUGGGAACAUAUUCUAAAUUGGAACCACUUUACCCGCGAUCUGGACUUGUGGUUUUAGGCAGAGGUUGCGAGAGCACUCUGGUGUUUUUCGGGGGUCCACGUACCCUUAGCAACGGUUAUCGUAUUGAGUUAACUACUGAUGCUCUUGUUAAUUAUUGGCGUCUACCUACAGCCGAUCAAAUCGAUGGGAACUCCGUAUAUGCUUAUCGGGUGAAAUGUGGCGAUAAAUUAGGUAAAGCUAAAGCCACAUUGGCUGUUCGAAGAGUCUCCAAGUCAAUGAACACCGAUGCUGAGACAGCAGCUGUGAUCGUGACAAAAUCGACAGUGGAAAUCGUUUGCUCGUCACCGAAAAGCGUUAAGUUGACGCCUGUGGACAUGGCUGACCGCUGUCCUUUGAAAAAUUCUGACGAAAUUAUCAUGGAACGAGAACAACAGUUGACCGUACGUAUCGACGUAAUUGACGAGAAGGGCAGCGUUUUUGACAACGCCACCGGUGUCAAUGUUAGUUGGGCAAUCAAAAACAAUAUGAUGGUAAAGACUUUGGUAGAGUUGGGUACGAAAAUGCGCGUGAACGGAGGAUUUACGUUUCCCGACUAUCAUUACACUGUUUUCGAGGGUUCUGGUGUGGCUGGUCACACCACAGCUACUCUGAGUGUAAUCGAUCGUGCCAAACCUUAUACAAAUCAGCAAAACUCAAUUCUCAGCAGUUUGUCACUUGCACCCAAGAAAAAAUGCUCUAAGCCCACCGUUAUUUCCAAAACUGUAAUUAUUAAGUUAAUAGAUCCUCUGGUGUUUACUACUGCCAAUGUUAUUGUAACUUACCGGCCAAAAAUGAAAUGCAACUUUUACCUAGAAAAAGGCUCGGGCUACUUCGAAGUAUGGGCCGAAUCGCCUAACGCAGCCUCAGUGGUGCACGGAAUACGAUAUAUUGAGGUAAUGCCUAUGGUGCCAGGAAGUCUGACCAUCAUAUCUCGAGAUUUGUGUUUUCCAUCAAGAACAGCCGAAGUCCUCUUAACCGUACGAAGCGUUCAUAGAAUAGAAGUGAUAUUAGACGAGUUCAUAGAAAUAGGUCGAGAGAUUCAAGCUACCGUGAGUAUAUACGAUGCCGACGAUAACAUUCUACGCUUAGAAUCAGACGAGCUACAAAUGAUUCGACCUGUGUAUAAAGCCGGAAUAAUAGCCGUUCACAAGAAACAACUCAGUGACGUCAAACCCGCAACGUUUGUAAUCAAAGGAGUGGCAUUAGGAAACACCAAGCUCUGUUUCGUCAUUAAUUCGUACGGCGAGACUAAUAUACGGUCGCCACACGUUCAAAUACAUGUCCAUUCACCUCUGACAUUGUCUGUUAAACACUUGACGUUGGCUGUGGGCUCUCAAUAUUGGUUGACCGCAUUGGGAGGUCCACAAUCAGGAUGUGUUUUCGAGUACACUUCCAACGACCACCGGACGGUCGAAACCACAAUUGAUGGUGUCCUUAAAGCAAACGCGCUGGGAACGGCCACUGUCACUUGCACCGCGGUGAAACUAGACGAACCGACGGGCGACUUUUGUCGGCGAUCGAUUAUCGCGUCCGAUUUCGUCACUAUCAAAGUAAUCCAAUUGAAAAACAUAAAAAUUGAAGUGCCUACGAUCAAUAUGAAAGUCGGGCAAACUAUGCCGGCGUGGAUACGAGGCGUACCUGAUCCUCUAGGGCCUAUGAUCAUUGGUACCAUGACUCCACCGUUGACGUUUCAUUGGAGCACAUCGAUCGCAGGUGUCGUCAACGUCUUUGAUAUUAUGGAGAACUCGGGCAUUUUAGUUCGUGAACAAGACAGAAUAUCUGUUCGGAUUCGAGCCGUGAAAAAAGGGAAUACGGUAUUAAGUGCUUCGGUAUACGAACCAUCGUCCAAAACUCAUUUUGUCAGCUCUAUAAGCCUUGCGGUUUACGAUGAACUUAGCUUAGAAUCCCUAGAAUUUGUUGGCAACGGCCUUAUGAUAGCGCCUAAUACUCAUUUUAAACUGAAGACCAGCAACAGUCACAGAGUGACAAAACAAUCGUUUAUGAUAGUAGGCAAUACAAUGCUCGACGGUGAAGAAAACGGAUUGAAUCACUGCCAAAAUGUUCCGUCUGUCUUCUCUAUCGACCAAAGUUCUGGUUUGAUUAGAUCAUCGAAUGUCCUUGGAAGCGCUCACGUUGCGGUGUUGUCGACGGAUGAUUUUGGCGUCAAGCAAACUAUGACAGUGCCAGUUCAAGUAAAACUAGUGAACUAUAUAAUGAUAGCCCUCGAGGUAUCGGAUACUCCGAGAACCAAGUACUUAGGUUUGAAAAUAACACACCACGAUGAAAAAGGAGUGGAGUUCAAGGCAGUAAAUUCCGACAUGAUGUUCACAACUAAUUACAGGAAUCGGGUUAAAGUCACACCGGGAAAACAGAAAAAUACUUUAAAAGUAUCAUUGUUCGAAUCAGGAGAGAUGAUGUUGAAGGUUUGGUACGGAGACAGCGAACAUCAUUCGAACGAAGAUUACCUAAAGUUCAGCGUUACACAUUUGAUUUAUCCAAAUCGGGCUUUCGUGACCAUCGGUGAUGUAGUUUGCUUCUUAAUGCCUGUCAAAUUCAACCGAGAACAUGACGUAACGGGCGAGUGGAAAACGGACAAUCCGAACGCUCUGAAGGUUCAAAAAUCGUCUGGUUUUGCUGUGGCUUUAGCUCCAUCUGACGUUUCGGUGAUGUACUCCAGCGACAUGUUCAAGACGUCUACUUCAAUUCGGGUUUUACCGAUUAAAAGCAUACUUAUUCUCAACACGGAUAAAAUAAAGUUAAAGAAUAGCGGUGGUGCUGUCGACGUGCAAUUGGUGUUGCUUAAUGAACAAGAGUUGGCCCAACAGGCUAAUAAGAAAAGGGGAAAUAUGUGGGAGCACCGCGACGACGAUUGUUCGGCUCGAAACGGAAAAAUUGAAGAUUUUCCAUUUAAAUGUUACAUUUCUUUUGGACCUCUGAUACCUAACGAUAUGAGCUUGCCACCGAUCAAACGGGUGUUUGACGUCGCUCCACACUUCGACACAAAAACAGGCUAUUACAGUUGUAGAAUAACCCCUUCUUCGGUAAACGAUCCGAAGACGAGCACGGUUCAAGCGGUGGUACAGUUGCAAGUAACGUCGGAUACGGCUUAUACAGAAACCAAAGAAAUUUCAUUUGCUCCCGCCGUGGCCGUGGACAAAAGUGAAUUGUACUUUGGCCAGUUCAGCGGAUGCGACACCCUCACCGUAACCGGUUUGCCAGACGUGUUAAAGACAGUCACUUCGAGCAAUAGCACGUUGGUCAGCCCAGUGGUGCAAAGCCAAUGCGAAACUAACCUAGUCUAUUCAUUCACAAUAAACCCUGUUUUUUGGGACCUCGGAAGACCUGACGUUUGCAUAACGGUCACAUCUGGUCUUACGUCGCAGCACAUUAAAGUUGGACAUCAAUUGCUGUCACCGUGUCACCAUUGA